GAGAGGUUCCGAUCGCCACUUCCGGUCAUUUUGUAAACACAUGAAAGAAUGAAAAUUUGGACCAAAUGAUGUUAAAAAUGUAGAUGAAUUGAUAAAAAAACGAGAAGAAAAUAGAAUUUAUGGUAUGAGAUCAGAGGAAAAAUGUAGCAUUGAAGAAUUGAAGACAUUUAGCCAAUGGCAGUGGCUAAUCCACCUGGUUUAGAUUUAGACCAUUCCUGUUGGCCAGAAAAUACAGAAGGCCUUACACUAGACUUUGGGCCAUUUGAAACUGUACACAGAUGGACACGUAUGCCAGAAUGUGAUGAAUUUGUGGGAGCCAGGAGAAGUAAGCAUACAGUAGUAGCUUAUAAAGAUGCCAUCUAUGUAUUUGGAGGAGACAAUGGACAUACCAUGCUCAAUGAUCUCCUGAUCUUCAACAUCAAAGACAAAUCAUGGGGAAGGGCAUUUACAACAGGAUCCCCACCAGCACAAAGAUAUCAUCAUUCUGCUGUAGUUCACGAAGGAAGCAUGUUUGUAUUUGGUGGUUACACGGGAGAUAUACAUUCAAAUUCUAACCUGACCAAUAAGAAUGAUUUGUUUGAGUACAACUUUGAUAAAUGUCAGUGGUUAGAAUGGAGGUUUGAAGGAAGGAAACCAGUUGCUAGAGCUGCCCAUGGAGCUGCUGUAUAUGGAUGUAAGCUGUGGAUAUUUGCAGGGUAUGAUGGGAAUGCUAGACUGAAUGACAUGUGGACUGUAUCCCUAUCUGAAACUCCUUUUUGGGAAAAAGUAAACCAGAAAGGACAUAUACCACCGACCUGUUGUAACUUUGCUUUAGCUGUUGCUAGGGAUUCCAUGUUUGUGUUCUCUGGACAGAGUGGUGCUAAAAUUACUAAUAAUCUAUUCCAAUUUAGAUUUAAUCAAAAUGAAUGGACAAGAAUCUCAACAGAGCACAUAUUACAUGGUGCCCCACCCCCACCUGAGAAGAGAUAUGGCCACACAGUAGUGGCCUUUGACAGAAAUCUGUAUGUUUUUGGUGGUGCUACAGGGCAGACACUUCCUAAUGAUUUACAUUGUUUUGAUUUAGAUUCUCAGACUUGGUCUGUUAUUUACCCAUCCUCUAAUAGUCAGGUUCCUACUGGUCGACUGUUCCAUGCUGCCUCAGUUGUUGGUGAUGCCAUGUAUAUAUUUGGUGGUACAGUAGAUAACAUUGUCAGAAGUGGAGAGAUGUAUAGGUUUCAAUUUUCUAGAUAUCCCAAAUGCACAUUGCAUGAAGAUUAUGGAAAGUUGUUGAAGAAUCAACAGUUUUGUGACCUAAUAUUCAUGGUUGGCAAGGACAAUGUUGAGAUCAAAGCCCAUAUUUCUGUGGUAGCAGCCAGGUCAUCAUGGCUAGAGGAAAAAAUCAGAAAUGCCAAGGAACAGAGAAGUCAAGAAGACAUUCUGUCAACCGAGCCAAUAACAAUCUACCUCCCCGAUGCUGAUCAUAUAGCUUUACAGAUGGUCCUGUCUUAUAUAUAUACUGAUAGAAUACUCCCUACCCAAGAUGGCCAAGAACACAAUAGUAAUGAAGUGAUAUUAAUGAUGAUGGAUGUGUAUAGAUUAUCUAUUAAGUUUCAAAUGGGCAGAUUAGAACAACUUUGUAUACAGUAUUUAGAAUCUUGUAUCAACCAUAAAAAUGUCUUAGUUGCUCUCCAUAAUGCUGCAAAACUAAGUCUGGACUCAAUAAAGGAAUACUGUUUGAAGUUUAUAGUAAAGGAGAGUAAUUGUAACCAGAUUGUAAAUAGUAUGGAGUUUGAAUCUCUAGAUAAACCUCUGAUGGUAGAAAUUAUCAGGAGAAAGUUGUCUCCCCCUCAUUCUGUCAGAAUAUUACCAGAACCACUGCAGGACCAAGUAAUGGCGCGAUCACUUGAGAAGGACUUGGAGACAUUUCUCCACUCAGCAGGGAGAGAUUUGUGUGAUGUGACAUUAGUAUUAGAUGGUGUAGAGAUACCAGCACACAAAGCUAUCCUAUCUGCUAGAUGUAGCUACUUUGAAGCAUUAUUCAGAUGGUCCAUGCCAGAGAAUAAUAAAGUUACUAUUGCUAUUGGAGAAAUGAUACCCUCUAGACAGGCAUUUGACAGUUUAUUACGGUACAUAUAUUAUAGUGAUACAACAAUGCCACCAGAAGAUUCCCUGUAUCUGUUCCCGGCACCACAUUUCUAUGGCUUUACUAAUAACAGACUACAGGCUUACUGUAAACAUAAUUUGGAAAAGAAUGUAUCUGUACAGAAUGUUGUUCAGAUUUUAGAAGCUGCUGAUAAGAUCCAGGCUUUAGAUAUGAAGAAGCAUGCACUUAGAAUAAUGGUUCAUAAUUUUCAGAAUGUUGCUCAUUUACCAGAGUUAAACAGACUAAACAAAGAUCUUUUAUUGGAAAUAAUCAAGGCAAAGGCAGAUGAUGAAGGUGAAAUAAAUCUGUCCAAAGAUUGGUCGCUGUCAAAUAUUAGUGAUAUUUGAAUUGUACUGUGAAAAAGUUUAAGUUUGUGAAUACAAAAUACAAUUACAAACAUCAUGAUACAAUUUAUUUAUUUUAUUUUGUGUAUAACAAAUAUAAAUGUCUUUACAGCAUUUACCUGUAUUCUCAUUAUUUGAGCAUAAUGAAUCAUUAUUUGGGUCUCAUUGGGGUCUAAGCCUGACGUGGGAUUGUCAAUUUUUCGUAAGCGUGAAACGUGACAGCCAAAUUAUUGUGUCGUGAAAACGGGAAAUGAGGUCUAGCGGGACCCGGGAAAUGACAAAAAAAAUUAUAAUUGCUUACGUACAUAGUGUAAGCCGGAUACAGUAUUCUGACAAAACAAUUAGCGGGAUCCAGGAUCGAAACCCCCCAUGAGACCCCCCAUUAACUAUGAUUGAUGUGCCAGUAUGCUUUUGACAGUGAACUAGGUUGAACUACUGUCUAAUAUUUUGGUUCAUAAAUAAUAUAAUGAUUUUUGUCAAUCAAAAUUGAUAUCUAGAGUUAUUAUUAGUUAAUUCUAGAUAGUGCUAUUGUCAGUCUUUCAUUACAUGUUGUUGAAUAGAUUUUAUAAUAUAAGAAUGUUAAGAGUAUGUUUGAAUUUGCUGUGAAAUAUUAUGAUCAUGAAAUAAAUCCAUUUUUUAUGACCCACCUACUAUAGCAGAGGGACAUUAUGUUUUCUGGUCUGUGCGGCCGUUCGUCCGUUCUUUUAUCCUUCCGUCUGUCCUGCUUCAAAGUUAAAGUUUUUGGUCAAGGUAGUUUUUGAUGAAGUUGAAGUCAAAUCGACUUCAAACUUAGUACAAAUGUUCCCUAUGAUAUGAUUUUUCUAAUUUUAAUGCCAAAUUAGAGUUUUUACCCCAAUGUCAAGGUCCACUGAACAUAGAAAAUGAUAGUGGGGUUGGGACAUUCGUGUACUUGGGACACAUUCUUGUUUUGCAUGAUAAUUUAUUUCUCUUAUGUUAGUAUGUGAGUUAAAACCCUGCUCACAAGGUGUAUAACCCACUAUUAAAUCUAAAUUGACUAGAUUUUAGAAUAUAAGAAUGUUAAGAUUACGUUUGUAUUUGCUGUGAAAUAUAAUAUAAUGAUCAUGAAAUAAAUCCAUUUUUUGCAUGAUAAUUAAUUUCACUUCUGUUAGGUUGUGUAUAACCCACUAAUCUGAAUUGACUAGAUUUUAGUUUUAAUGCCAUGUUUAGGGGUUUUCUCCAGGUACUCAAGCUUCUGCAACUAAAAUGAUGGAAAUCUAAUAAAGUCUGAAAAAUAAUUAACUAUUCCUGGGUUCAGAUGCAUUGUAAGUGUAAAUCUUGAUUAUAAACAAAAAUAAAGGUCCAAUCCAGAGGUCAACAAAAAAAGUCAAUCAACAUAGUUUUGACAAUUGCAAUUAUUUUUUGGAUCCUGAAAAAUAAUUAAAUAUUUCUGGGUCCAGAUGCAUUGUAAGUGUAAAUCUUGAUUAUAAAAAAAAAAGAAGAGGUCUAGUUGCCCUUCAGUUUAAGAGUUACACUUAGUACAAAGCAAGUAUUCUUGUUUUUACCAGAAUCCAUGGUAUAGGGUAAAUACCCAUUAGUCCAAAUAGGGAAAAUAUAGCUAGACAGAACAAUAGCAAUAAAUCAGCUCCUAUAUCAUGCAUUGUCAUUGAUCAUGUUGAUUAAUGUGUUUUUUGGUCCUUGAUUGUGCAUUUUUCCAUCCUCAUUUUCUGCAAAUUCUUUCGUAGUUAUUCUAUAAUCAUUUUACAAUUUUAGAAUAAAUGUUUUAUAUAGUCAUACAAAUCAUGUUAUUGUCAUGUGACAGACGAAUCAUGUUAUUGUCAUGUGACAGAUGAUUCAUGUUAUUGUCAUGUGACAGAUGACUCAUGUUAUUGUCAUGUGACAGACGAAUCAUGUUAUUGCCAAAAAAAGUUUAGAAAUAUUGUUAUACUGCUUUGUUAAUGUUACCAGUAGAUAUUUGCAUGUAUAAAAAGUGUAGAAUUUCAUUGUUAAUUUCGAGAUGCAAUAAAGAGUAAAAUUACGUCUUAAAA